AUUGACCAUUGCACCCACGUUGCUUUCUUGAGUUUGUUAGCAAAAGGUUGCCGUUUAUAUCGUAUAAAAACUCAUUUGUUCAGCUUUGAGCAUCUUGAGAAUAACUAUUCUCACUAUUCAUCUCGAUUCCUUCACGUCAGCGUUGGAAAGUAUCAGUUCGAGACUCUCAAACUUGUGAAAAUGCCUAAAAAGAGGAAGUUCAUUGACAAGAAGCAUGCGGUCACCUUCCAAGUGGUUCAUCGGAGUCAGAAGGAUCCUCUUGCAGCAGACGAGGACACUCCGCAAAGAGUUUUACUCCCAAUGGCUGGAAAGAAGAAAAAGCCUGAAGACGUAGAUAAAAUGAAAGAGGAGCAACGCAAAUACAACAUAUUCUUUGAUGACGAAUACGACUACAUGCAGCACAUUAAGUCGGUUGACGACCACGAUGUUGAGCUCCAACGUGUUGAGAAGUUUAGAAUUGAGCGUCAGAAGCUUGAUUCAGGACCAUCAGCAUCCAAUGUCACUCAUUCCAGUGCCAGAGGCAAUAAAAUCGAGCUUCCGUCAAGUUUGUUCGCGUCUGAAACUGAAGAGGAAGUUGGUUUGCUGAACAAAGCUGCUCCCAUGGGUCUUCGCCUGGAUGUCGACCCUGACAUAGUCGCAGCUAUGGACGACGACUUCAAUUUCGAUGACCCUGACAAUGUGCUGGAGGAUAAUUUCCUUGAACUGGCUAAUGCUGAGUGCUCUGACAUUGAAGAAGGAGAUGAGGAAGACGAGGAGGAUAUGUGGUCAGAUGCCCAAGAUUCGGGAGACUGCAACUCCUCGGAGAUGGGAGAUAACGUCCCGAGUUUGGAUGGUGUCCGAUUUGGUGAUGAAUGUGCCAAGUCGAGCAGAUUCACAGAGUACUCAAUGAGCAGUUCAGUUGUUAAACGAAAUGAGCAACUCAAACUGCUUGACGAAACAUUUGAACAUUUCAUGGAGGGUUACGUUGAUACUGAAUUGGGUGGUCUGGAAUGUGAUGAAAUUGAAGGUCACUUGUCUGUUGACUCGCCUCUUUUGAGGCAGUACGCAGAAGAGUUUGCCAAGAAUAAGAGGCAAAUGCUGGAAAAUGACGCUGCGCGGCGACUGGCGGUUCUUCAGGAGUCUGACGAAGAAGACAACUUGGUAGCCCUGAAAGUGGAGGCGAGGCAAGCUGACAAGUGGGACUGUGAAUCAAUUCUGUCCACUUACUCAAACAUCUACAAUCAUCCAAAAUUAAUUCCAAGGGAAGCCCCCAAGAAUAACAAAAUAAAAAUAUCAGCAAAAACCGGCAUGCCAGUCGGCGUUUUGGGGAGAGGAUUGACUGCGAAAGCUCUAGCUAAUUUGGACGCUAUUAACGGGUUGCAUGCGCGAGAGGAUGACGAAAUGUCGACGGCUCUUUCUGUUUUAUCAACCUUGUCUAUCAGGCCGAAAGACGAAACUCCCAAGGAGCGGGUGCAGAGAAAAAAAGCAUUGAAAUUAUACAGAAAGGAUAGAAGACUUGAGAAGAAAGCUAACAAAGAAGCUUUCAAAGAAGAAACAAAAUUGCAGCAUAAACUUCAAGUUCACAAUAAAGUUAGCAGCAAUGCUGUCAAGAUUGUUUAAUUUUACAAAUAAAAUUAUUUGUAGGUA